CAAAAGUUGGGGCUGGUGGAGUUGAAGAGGGGCAAAAUAGAGUUUCAACUAUGAACUGCAUAUAUAAAAAGACAACAUUUGACGUCUGAGCUCUCUCGUCGCUAGGGUUUUAUCCGCCGCCGUCGCUGCCGCUUCCCGCAUUUUCAGCUGAACACCGGAGAGAGCUACAAUGGCUGAGCAGACUGAAAAGGCGUUCCUGAAGCAGCCCAAGGUGUUCCUAUGCUCGAAGAAGACGGGGAAGGGUAAGCGGCCAGGGAAAGGGGGCAACCGUUUUUGGAAGAGCAUCGGAUUGGGUUUCAAGACGCCUCGCGAGGCUACUGAAGGCACAUACAUUGACAAGAAAUGCCCUUUCACUGGUGAUGUCUCCAUUAGAGGCCGUAUUCUGGCCGGAACUUGUCACAGUGCUAAGAUGAUGAGAACUAUCAUCGUUCGAAGGAAUUACCUUCAUUGGGUGAAGAAAUACCAAAGAUACGAGAAGAGACAUUCGAAUAUUCCAGCCCACAUUUCCCCAUGCUUUCGUGUGAAAGAAGGUGAUCACGUCAUCAUCGGCCAGUGCAGACCUUUGUCCAAAACUGUGAGGUUUAAUGUUCUUAAGGUUAUCCCAGCUGGUUCUUCAGGUCUUGGGAAGAAGGCCUUUACAGGGAUGUGAGCUAAGAAAUUGCAUUUUUUUUUAUGUUAGUGUUUUUAGAAACAUGAGUUUAGUUUUUUUUUUUUUUUUUUUUUUUUUUUUUUUUUGUUUCGGAUGAAAUGUGAGUUGUGGAUUUUCCUGGAGGCUUUAAAAUUUUGAGCCUGCCCAUUUUUUAUUCUAUACCAGUUUUGCUUUCAAAUUUUCCUGAA